UCAACGGGAUUUAUAAUCAUUAUACAUUGAAAUUUUUGUAUUGUAUUACAUACAACGUACAUAUGUGUAUCGUAAAAAAGAAACAUUACAUAUAAUACGCAGAUAUAUUUUAAACUACAUAUUAAACUUGCAAAAUGGCUACGAAACGAGGACGUGGUGAAGGAGAUGUUAAAAAGAAAAUGGCGCGUUUAAGAUUCAAAAAUCUCGUGCGAAGUGUAACAUUAAAUAGGAUUUGGUUAAUGGAUUCCGGUGAGCAAAAGCUCUCACUGAAUGUGAAAAAAAAUAUUAACAUGCUGAUUCGACCCCAGCGGAAGGUCGGGAUCCUAACUAUGGCAGAAAAGACAUUAUUGCGAACCCAUCACUACCUUCGCUCAAUAAACGACCGAAAAAAGUUAGUAAAUUUAUUGGCAAGCCUCACGUGUUUUUCUCGAAUACCACCGAAAGUACGAGCUAGACUAACACCAGUAAUUAAGUUAUGUUUCGUGGGUCCUGGAAGGAAAAUAAUAAAGGAAGGCGAUCCACCUUCCACGGUGUAUUUUAUUCUAAGUGGAGAAGUCGAACUGUACAAAAGAGUUUUUGAUCGGACAAAACACACAUAUGUGGAUAAAUUGGAAUCUAUCAGCGGGCCCGGAGACUGUCUUGGGGAUAUUGAAAUGAUAGAAGAUUGUGCAAGAUUAAAUACAUAUAUUUCCCGCAAUCAAGUUGAACUUCUUGUUCUGCAUGAGGACGAUUUUAAUACCAUUCUGCGGCCGACGAUGGCAAAGCAAUGGAUGGAAAGGAAGGCAGCCAUUUCAUCAUUGGAGUAUUUUAAGUAUUUAAAUCAUGAUCAGAUUAUUGCAGCGUGCAAAUUAGGCCUUAUUCGUCAGUUUGAUCCACUGGAAACAAUAUAUUAUGAAGAUAAAGGUCACAUUAGUUAUGUGCAUUUCGUAAUUAGUGGGGAAUGCAUGAUUUUACAAUGUUUAAAAAUGAAGGUUACUACUAAAGCCGGUGGAAAAUCUUUUGAACUCUUUGAUAUUUCUCAAAACGAAGGCGAUAAUCUACUAUUUCAAGAUUCCGCUUUAAAUAUUUCUAAAGAUGGUAUUUUUCGCAAUAUAUCUUCGUUUUUUGAUGUGAAUUAUGAAAUAAUGUCUGAAGAGGAUGAUAAAAAUAAAAAAGGAAGUCGACUGAAAUUGCGACCUGCAUCCUGCCCGCCGUCCGAAAAAUGUACAUGCGAGAUGCAUCGGGUAAUUGCUUCCCAAAGACAGAAUAUCAAAGAUUUCGUAUCCAAAAAAUUUGUGAAAGAUGUUCAAAUAUAUAACUAUAAAGCCUAGAAAUUUCUCUUCAAUCAAUUAUUUCUUUCCCUCCCAAAAAAAAUCCUCAAAAAAAUCGAUUUUUUGAAGCCUCGAAAGCAGGCUCUCCCCUUAACACUUGCCAUUGUCCGCGAUCUUCACUGUUCAGCGACACGAGAAAAAUGAGAUUUUGUGCGCCGACAACGCCAUACACGAUAAACAUGUUCGCGCACCGAUCGUAAAAAAUCAAACAUUUUCGCGAACAUGGAUCAGUACGCGAACAAGCCCAUACACGAUAAACCGCAAGCGCACACAUACCGAUCAAACGCACUUGUGUGCUCGUGUAUGGGCGCUUUAAAUGAGUAGCGACGUCGCAUCACAUCUGCAUCAAUUCAUCACACCGGAUCGACUAUUCACCUUAUCACGCGAGCGAACACCACACAUUAACACACAUAAACGCACAUGCACCCAAACGCAGUCUAAUUAGAACAAGAGGAAUAGAGAAAGCAGCUCGCGCACUUUUCGUUGAUACGACGUCGAACAGCCAACAUAACAUCUACGCUUUCCGCAGCAUCCCGGUUCCGAUCCGCUUAUCCGAAUAUAUAUAUCUACUUCAGUUCAAUUAAACCAAUUUUAUUAUAAUAAUUGUGAAGUGAAUUUCGCAGAAAAUAAAAGUUUGUAACGUUCUUUGAAAUUAGUGCAUUUUCUUUUAACUAAAAGUGUGAGUGGCCUAUAAGGUGAGUUUAAUGCA